GCCCCGUGCGGUGCCGCCGGGUGCCGCCCGGUGCCCGCGGCGGCCGCCCCCGCUGAUGCCAUGCUAAAGCCGGAGGUGUCCGCAUCCUACCAGGAGAAAUUCCAGCAAUUGCAAGUUGAGAGCAUGUUUGGAAAUUGAACCACUCUUUUAACUACACAGCUGAGUGAAGAUGUGGAGCGAGUAUCUGAAAACCCAACAGAUGAGAGAGAAGGAGAGAUGGAAGUUCAUGAAGAUGCCAGCUCUGUUAUUUUACCAGAUGGUGAACUGGGUACCACUACCCCUUCUUUGCGUUUCAGCAAGACCUGCUUAAAAAAUGUUUUUUCGGUAAUUCUCCUCUUUAUGUAUCUGCUGCUCAUGGCUGUAGCUGUGUUCCUUGUCUACCAAACCAUCAGUGACUUCAGGGAGAAGCUCAAGCACCCAGUGAUGUCUGUCACUUACAAGGAAGUGUCCUUGUAUGAUGCGCCCGGUAUUGCCUUUUACCCAGGGAAGGCUCGGCUGCUUAGCUGCGAGCAUGAUUACUACAAUCACAUUCCUCCUCUGAUAAAUCCAGGUCAGCCAGGACACAUUGAGUGCACCACUCAGAGAAUCAACUACACAGAUCCUUUUACUAAUCAAACUAUGAAGUAUGCUUUGGUUGUUCAAGGCCCUCGUGAUGUGAAGAAGAAGGAACUGGUGUUUUUGCAGUUUCAUUUAAAUGAAACAGACCAAGAUUUUAGUGCCAUUGACUACCUUCUGUUUUCUUCUUUCCAAGAGUUCGUCAACAGUCCAGAAAAAGAGAAAUUCAUGAAGGACUGUGAAAGUUCAUACUCCAGCUGGAAGUUUUCUGGAGGCUUUCGAACUUGGGUCAAGAUGUCCUUGGUCAAAACAAAAGAAGAAGAUGGCAGUGAGACUGUUGAAUUCAAACAAGAGACUAGCGUGGUUAACUAUAUUGACCAGAGAACUAAACCAAGAAGUGACCAGCUGUUUUUUGUGGUAUUUGAGUGGAAAGAUCCUUUUAUACAGACGGUUCAGGACAUUAUCACAGCGAACCCCUGGAACAUGAUUGCUCUUCUUUGUGGCAUCUUUCUGGCUCUGUUUAAGGCAGCAGACUUUGCUAAGUUAAGCGUUAAGUGGAUGAUCAAAAUCCGAAAAAGACAUCUGAAGAGGAGUCGUCAAGUAAUGAACCACAUAAGCUGAGACUAAGGCUGCCUUUUAAUAUUCAUAGCAGGAGGAGUAGAAAGUAACUGGAAUAAACUUCAAUCAGCAAUGAAAGCUGCAAACUGGGUAUGUUUUCUGCCAGAAAGACAACGGCUGGAGGAACAGCCUAGUGAACCGGCCUUUGAACUUCAGCAAGGAGCUAACUCUAGGACAGGUCUAACAAACUCGUGCUUUUCUAUUCCCAAUUUAACAACUUUACCUCAAGGUAUGGGGAAAAGGAGAGAACUCACCCACGUUCAGAAAUUCAGUGCUGUAGUAAAUGGUGAUAAAGUGGACAGAGUUUGAGCACUUCUCACACAGACCACUUAACUUCUGCAUGAGCUGAGAGCUGCACCUGCUACCACAGCACAGUCACUGCCCUGACUGUGCUUAGAAGAAGGUAAAGUACUCUAAAAACAGCCUGGCCUCCCUUCUCCAAAGUAUGUUUUAAAACAAAACACACUGGAAUUCUAUUACAUGUCAUUUUUGAUUUAAAGUAUAGUGACUUUAAUAUUAAAAAAAAAAUUUCAAAU